AAGUGGUAAAGGAAACUUGCUGAGUCGUUUUCUGAGAAGAGACCAUAUUUGUUCGCAGAGGAAGCCGUUGCUUUCUGGGAUCUGGUUAGAGCCGAAAAGACGUGUGCUCCAACGGGGGGGUUCCAGAAGGUAACUGGGAGUUGGAAGAGCCAAGGACAUCUCUGUGCUCUGGAUUCGGGGUUCUCUGUCCAUGGCUGCAGCACCUACGCUCCGCCUGUGAGUUCUAUCCCAGGAGCACAGCUAUGGCAUUGAAGAAUGUGCCCUUUCGCUCGGACGUCCUGUCCUGGGACCCCGACAGCCUUGCAGACUAUUUCAGGAAGCUGAACUACAGGGACUGUGAGAAGGCAGUGAAAAAGCAUCACAUCGAUGGGCAGCGGUUUUUGAAUCUGACAGAAAAUGACAUCCAGAAGUUCCCUAAGCUCCGGGUGCCGAUUCUCAGUAAGUUAAGUCAAGAAAUCAACAAAAAUGAAGAGAGAAGGAGCAUCUUCACACGCAAACCCCAAGUCCAGCGGUUUCCUGAAGAGACAGAAAGCCAUGAAGAGGACAAUGGGGGCUGGUCAUCCUUUGAAGAAGAUGACUAUGAGAGCCCCACGGAUGAUCAGAACGAGGAUGACAACGACGACUACGAGUCCCCCAACGAGGAAGAAGAGGCGCCCGUGGAAGAUGACGCCGAUUAUGAGCCGCCGCCCUCCAACGACGAGGAGGCCCUGCAGAACUCUAUCCUGCCUGCCAAGCCUUUCCCCAACUCCAACUCCACCUACAUUGACCGGCCCCCCUCCAGCAAAGCCCCGCAGCAGCCGCCCGUGCCCCCGCAGAGACCAAUGGCUGGGCUCCCUCCUCCGCCCGCAGGCCGGAGUCACCCGCCACUCCCUCCACCCCAACCAAACCAUGAAGAGCCUAGCAGAAGUAGAAACCAUAAGACAGCAAAGCUUCCUGCUCCUUCCAUAGACAGAAGCACGAAACCUCCUCUCGAUCGUUCAUUAGCCCCAUUUGACAGAGAGCCCUUCACACUAGGAAAGAAGCCGCCAUUUCCUGACAAGCCCUCGGCCCCCGCUGGAAGGCCUCUCGGGGAGCAUUUACCCAAGAUGCAGAAGCCUCCUUUACCGCCAGCCACCGAAAGGCACGACAGGGGUAGCCCCCUGCCAGGGAAGAAGCCACCUGUGCCCAGGCAUGGAUGGGGACAAGACAGAAGAGAGAACGAUGAAGAUGAUGUGCAUCAAAGACCUUUACCUCAGCCCACAGUGCCUUCCAUGAGCUCGAAUACUUUCCCUUCCAGAUCCACCAAGCCAUCACCCAAGCACCCCCUCCCGUCACCUCACAUGCCUGGAGCUUUCUCUGAAAGUAAUAGUGGUUUCCCGCAGAGUGCCUCCCUGCCACCAUACUUCUCUCAAGGCCUUAACCACAGACCACCUCCUAGAGCCGAAGGAAGAAACUUCUCCUUGCCAGUUCCAAACAAACCUCGAUCACUGGCUUCUGGCGAAGAAGAGAAUUCAUUAAAUGAAGAGUGGUAUGUUUCUUACAUUACCCGACCAGAGGCAGAAGCUGCUCUUAGAAAGAUAAACCAGGAUGGCACUUUCCUGGUUAGAGACAGCUCUAAAAAAACAAUAACCAAUCCAUAUGUCCUCAUGGUAUUGUACAAAGAUAAAGUUUACAACAUCCAGAUCCGCUAUCAAGAGGAAAGCCAAGUUUACUUGUUGGGAACUGGACUCCGCGGGAAAGAGCCCAGUCCACACGUGAGGAGCCCCGGGGUGCCGCUGGCCGGCCCAACCACCGCCUUCGUGACUGAAGAUAGCCUCAAAGUUUCCACUGCCCUCGGCUCCCAGACCGGAUGAGGACCAUACAAAACGCAAUCUGCAUGACCCUGGCCUUGGGACCACCACCAGCCCCUUGUGGAACCCACGGAUGCCCGUGAGGAGCCCCCCCGGCCGUUGGGGACCCGCCCAUUUGGAAGAUGACAAUGGAGCCUGAGGCAACCUGGAAAUUUCCACAGCUUUGCCUUGACCCCAAACCGGAUCAGGAUUAUUUAAAAGCCAGUACCUUUGGCUGGUCCACAAACCAACCCUGUGAAGACCCACGUGGCCCAAAGGUCACUACUGCUCUGACGCAAGUGGGGCGGAGCCGACUGUGAAAAGCAGGACUGUGCAUCCUGAUUGGCCAGCUUCUCUGCCUCCUGCAUCCUGGGAGUUGUAGUCCGAGGCGGAGCCCCCGCGGAGAAGGCUCUGGGCGCCAAACUGGCAAGGAUUGCUGCGGACCUGCAGCCUGAGAGCGAGACUGAAGAAGGCGCUGACAUUUUUGCUUUCUGUGUGGCAGGCACUGCGCUAGGCGCUUCCCAGCCCUUAUCUGCAUUUAAUUUUCACAGUACAGGAGUGUGAUUAAGGCCAGACUCUGUCUAGACUGAAACUGCUCCGGUGUGAAUCGUACUCCAGCAUUUGUUUAGCUAGAGAGGUGCUGGUAAACAGUUUAAUCAUUUAGAGUUCGAGCGUCCUCAUCUAUCAUGUGAAGAUAAUAAUAACUGCCUGCUGGUGUUCUUUUGAAGUUUAAGUGAGAUAAUGCAUCAAAGGGAGUUGGCAGAGGAUGGGCCCCAUAAAUGUUAGCUAUUACCAUUCCUAUAAAUUUUUAUAGAUGCGUGAAGAGUACAGACGAUACUGGAGUGUAUACUGGAGAGAUAUACACUGGUCUCUUGCCAGUGGGGAAGCUGGGAUCCAAGCCAUCUUCACUAGAUUCCGAAAGGAAUCUCUGGUAAGGCAGCCUCUGGGGCUGACUCAGACACGUUCCCUCUGACUUGCUAAGUAAGUCUUUGCCUUCUCUAAAUCUUCCUUAUAAUAUCCAGCAGCUUCUGUCAUUUCCUGACAACCCAGAGCACAUAAUCUCCUGUUUAAGUGCGGUCACUUGCAGUGUGACUCUGUGGAGUCUGUUGUCCCAUACAGAGGUAGAUGACGAAGGGCUCAGGAGAAGCAACUUCAGUCCUAAGGAGAACUACUGAUGUAAUCUGGGAACAUAAGGGCGGCCUUUCUCCCUUCCUUGGUUUCCUCAUGUGUUUCCUUAUGAGAGGGAUGGGCUAGACCAGUGUUUCCUAAGUUCCACUCACUGUAAGGCUACUGUUAGGACUAUUUGCCCUGAACUGUGUACCACCUGUUUUAUUCUCUUAGUACUUUAAAUUUACUUCCCUUUAAAAUUUAAAUCUACUUUUAAAGUUUUUUGUAUCACCAAUGUAAACAGAAGCUGAUAGGAAAAAUAAAGACAAUGGGAAUAAGACGUUUGUAAUCAUCUAAACAUUUCUUGCCCCCUGAUGGCGGUGUUCCUGUAGCUGGGUCUCCUUUGUUAAAAUGGCUUAUUAAGUCUUAACAAAGUGUUAAAGAUAGUGUAGCUCAAAUCAGACUUUCUUUUUGAGGUAAUCAGAAGAAUUGAAAGAGUUGGAAGGGGAAUAACACUUAUAAUUACGCGUUAAUGCCUCUGUACCAUAUGAAACCACCUCUCAUAUCCUUGGUGGGAUAAGUCCCACACUUUCUUCAAACUAGAUUUAGGUGCUGUCCAAUAUACCAUCCCAUUCUAAAACUCCUUCCUUCUCGACAUGCUAUAGGUACCUUUCAAAACUCACCUCAAUCCUGGAAAGAGUCUUCUUGAAUGAACCCUACCAAAAUCUACAGUAUCAUCCCAGUUUCUCUGCCAAGGCUUCCUUUACUCAUUUAGACAGUGUACACUUCCUGCUAUCAGAGUCUUGCAUUUUCUGAUUUCUGAUAUAUGCGCUGAUCAUUUCUCAUCUAAUUCUUUGAGUAAAGGAGACACAGAAGGUCAGGCAACAAAUAUUCUUUUGGCACUCACCUAUUAAGAAUUAUGUUAGAAGCUUUCAUCUUCUGACAAUCUUUGAGGUGGCUGUUAUCACCCUAGUUGUGUAAAAAACAAAGCUCGAGUCCAGAGUUUAACACUUGCUCAGGAGCAAAAGAACCAGAUUCACAUCCUGUCUGUGCAACUCCAGAGCCUUCUGUUCUAUUCGCUGCAGUAAGCUGUCUCCCAGCCAGGACACCAUCUCCUGAAACAGUAAACAAGGACAUCAUGGCUCCAUGGUGUGUGUGUUUCACAGAUCACUGAUCUUGAACACAUGUACUAAUGCACAUCCAAACAUACAAGUUACCAACAUGGGGUGAGGAAUAUUUAUUUUCGAAAUUAAGGACAUUAUCAAAGCAAAAAUAACUGUCAUCACUGUUUUUUAUAAAAGCAGAGAUAAUUUGACAUCCAAAAAGAAAGGAAGAAAGAAAAAAGAAGGAAGGUUAUAGUAAUUUCAGGUAAGACCAGCUUCAUAAAAAAUUUACUGGAUGUCUUUUUUCUUCACCCCCUUGUAUUGAUUCAGACUAGUGAAAACUAGUCUCAGACCAGCACCCAGAUAUAUGUUCGGAAACUCCACAUAGAUUAUAGCAGGAGACGAUAAGGCGUAUAAGAGAAGCAGGGUGAAAAACAUAGGUGAGUGGAGAUAGCAUUAGGACUGAGAAUCCUGAAAAUCCAGUGAUGAUGGGGGCUGGGCCUUGGUAGAAUGAGGAGUCUGUGGGGCCACAUCAUCCCAAACCCACUGACCCCAUUCACAAGAUUCAGGAAGUGUUUGUGGGUCCUGUUUCAGCCAGAUACCUGUGGGUUAGGAUUCUGCUUACGGGACUUCUGAUAGAAUACAAAGACCUUCCACCCAUCCCAAAUGCUGAUUACUUCUUCUGAGUGGAUUCAAAUGCUGUGAUUUGGAAAAUAUCGUCAUGAAGACUUUACAAAAAGAAGAAUAAGAAGAAUUAAUUUUGUGUUUCUUUACAAUAAGUGGUAUAAGAAGAAAAAAGAGAUGUGGACUCAGAAAAAGAUAGAUUGUAAUAAUGUAUUUUCCUUCACAAAAAUGUCUUAACGUAAUGAUGACUACUUAUUGUAGUGUUUUUCCUCCCUAAGUAACUAUAGAUUCUUAUUUCUUUUCCUGAGGAAGUAAAACUUUCAAAGCCUGUUCUGCUACUUAAAGCUUGAGACUGUUAUAGAUGAGCCCCUUAAAAAAAUCUAUCUUCCUUAAUAAGUUUGCAACGCUUUACUGGAACUCCGUCCAGGUUGCAGUUGCUGAUUCUAAUGUUAAUCAAAUAAAGAAGAUUAAAAAGCUG